AUGGAGAAUCGGAGCGCUCGGUGGAAGGGUCUGGCAGAUCAAUUUGUUUCUAUCACAUUCCUACUUAGUAGUGCUCGACAUAGUGGCUCAGCACUGACAAGCGUGAUCCGGCAGGACGAUAUGGGCAAGAUACUGGCCGUGUGUGACGUGGACAAGGACCCGUGGCAUGAAAGUUCUUGGGAUCAGCCAGGAGCCACAACCCAGGUAACUGGAGGCAACCGUGAAGUCAUGCACUGCGAGAGCUUGAGUUCUUCACCACGGCCCCCGUUAAACCCCCGAAGGCUCGCGAACGUGGAGCUGGGCGAAGAGGGAGGGUUCAGAGGCCGCAGUGAACCACCGAUUCUUGAAAUCUAA